UGUUCUUUACUCCCGUCGACUGUUCGCCACACCGGCAUCGUUUCUCCUUCUCGAGUUUCAACGCAUGGCAAAACGAAUUCCACUUUCCAUCCGAAAAGAAAUUAAAAGAAAUAUUAUUUGCCAUAUUCGAAAAUUUAUCAAGAAAAAAAUAUAGAAAAAGAAGAGGAAAGGGAUGAACGAAUCAAGAUGGAAAAAUUAUCGAAUAUUAUUCACAAAGGUACAAUCAAUCCCGUUCGUUUGAUUUUACUAUAUCUAGCCAUUCUUUGCUGGGUCAAAUCAACAUUUGCGGAAAAGAAGUUACAUGGAACUCCUAUGCACAAGGUGGAACUCACUCAGAGGGGAUACAUUCAGUUUCUACGCUGGGAAUUACCCGUACCAAAAUUAACCGAAUUCACUUUCUGCCUGUGGAUGGAAUCCUACGACCUGACCCAUCCUCAUCCGAUAUUUUCGUACUCGAAGCACGAGCGAGAACGGCUUGUACGAUCGUGGAUAGCGCCGCACGGGAGGAGUGUUCACCUUGAGAUCGGGGGCAAUAACGUAUUCGCCGCAAGUAUCGACAUUCUAGAGAAUCGAUGGUACCAUUUGUGCGUGAGCUGGGAGAAUCAGGCUGGUCGUUACGGCCUCUGGAUCAAUGGUCAGCUUUGGGCUCAAGGUCGCUCUUACGAGACGAUAGAGCACACGAUCCCAAGCGGAGGAGACAUCGUGGUGGGUCAAGAGUACACCGACUUCGACAAAGGGCUCGACGACGGGAUCGAGGGAUCGAUCCUUGGCUUCAAUCUGCUCUUGUCCUCCGCUUUCGACACCCUGGACGAUUACCGGCAGCGAUUCGAGGCCUCCCACGAUUCGAUUCAAGUGUCUCGCGCCGCCUCGAGUUACGCCACGGUGGUGGCUCCGCUUUUUGCCGGGAUUCCAACGAAACUGAUGCAACGCGGCAUCGAUUACGGGACUCCAGCGAGAACGAGGGCACCGUACACGCUGCCGCCGACUUCUAAUCAACAUGGGGGACGACGACGAUACGCCGAGGACGCGACGUCUUUGCCGCUCGUCGGAACGGAAUUGAUCGUCUCUCCAGACGUGAUCCAGAGGAGGAUGGAGGUAUCCAAGUGGAAAGAGCAAUCUCUCGGGCUGCAAUUAGUGAAACUGUCGUACGUACGCUGCGAGAUCGGCAGGGGAAGCCCGUUCAUAGGCGGAUCGUUGAUGCUGAUCUCGUGGACCAGAACGCCCGUGCGUAUUUUCGGUGGGGCCGUUCUGAAGAACGUCAACAGCGACUGUGGCAACUUCUCGAUUGUGAAGAUCGCCUCGAGGCAGGACUAAGAUAUUGUUUACGCGCCACCAAAUCUGAUAAGAAUUUUUGUGAAUUAAUAAUACGUAGAUUUUUAAUUCGGAGGAGAAAGCGCGUUUUUUUUUGAUCGAUAAUUAAAUUGAAUUGGAGUUUAGUUAGUAAAAUUUUUUUUUAUUAGAUUGUUAUACGUAUGUAUAGUUUAAACGAUUGGACCAGGCGUAUCUCCGUGGACCUUUAUUGGAAUUUCGCGAGAGAAACGUGAGGAUACGGGUCGUUACGACAUGCAUAGAAAUCGGAUAGAAAUCGGAAAGUGACGAGCGGGGCCUUUCCUUCGAUGGAUGAACAUUCGUUGCGUUACGAAUGUAGGAUUAACAAAUUGGAGCGAAUUAUUAUGAAAGUGCGAUGUUAGGAUAAGAUCUAAUGGUAUUUAUAAUGGUUUUUAUAAUUACGGAUAUUUUAUAUAUUGUUUUAUAUAAAUUAUAAAUAGCAAUCUCUGCAAACAUACAUGACACAUUCCUCUCUCCAGGAACUAAAACCGGAUAAGCUUCUUUUAUUUAAUUAUUCUCCGUUUAUUUCAUACUUUUACUCGCAUUAGACAAAAUAUUGUAGAUAUCCUAAAACAAGUUCCUUUAUAUUCAAUCACAAAAUUAAAUACUUAACUUUCUGCGAAAAUAUUUAUUAAAUUAUUUCUUAUCAAUAUAUCAUUUUUAUUGAAGACCAUUAAUAAAAUAAAAAAUUCAAAUAUAUAUUAAAAUGAUUGAUAGAGUAAAAAUUAUUUGAAUAUGUAUUUUAUAAGACUAACGGAGAUGAGAUAACUAAGAAUGGCGCCAAGAGUCAAUUCGGUUAUUUUCGACUAAGCUCGGUAAAUUAGUCGAAGAUGACCGAACAUGACCGAAGAUGAUCGAUUUUAUACGAAGAUUCCGGCUGCCUCGAAAGUUUUAUUAAAUUCAUAAGACGCCGAAGUACUCGAAUACUUUUUAUUCGAUCGAUCAGUCGGAUUGUUUGAAAUAAUAAUCUUGAUUUUCACGGUAUACGAUAUAUAAAUACGAUUCAUAUGAUAUAAAUAUAAAAUUGUUUUCAAUGAGUCUCGAGAUCGUACAUUAAAUAACGAUUAGAUAAUCCUAUUAGCAGCUAUUUGUUGAUGAAAGACAUCGCCAUUGUUUCGAUUCUCAUUUAAUAGUUUAAGAUAAAAUCUAAGCAUACCGGCACGAAGUGCAACAACUUGCCGCAAUCUUGAAAAAACUCGAGAGAACAAACGCGUUACAAAACCGAGGAUAGAUCGAUAAACCGAGACGAGGUAAAAAAAAAAAAAAAAGGUUAGAAUAACUUUUUACGCACAACAUGAAACUUAUGUCAAGAAUGAUAGCCAUCGAAAUGCGGAUAAACAUACCAAAUGCAUGUACAAAAAAAAAUUGACAUUUUUUUCCUGGAUUUCUUUUCUUAAUUCUUUCGAGAAAAAUGUAUUCUUAUGUAAUUUCCUUUUGCUUAUUUUCUUAAUAUCAAAUUAACAAAACCUAUUUAAACAGAA